CCGCCGGUAUAGUCACCAGCAUGCUCAACAAACUCCACGGCCAGCCCGACAGCUACGACAAGAAAGCCAAGUACAAGUUUGGCAAGACGCUCGGAGCUGGCACCUACGGCAUCGUCAGAGAAGCAGAGUCGCCCCAAGGAAAAUGCGCCGUCAAGAUCAUCCUGAAGAAGAACGUCAAAGGCAACGACCAGAUGGUCUACGACGAACUGCAGAUGCUUCAGCGCCUUCAACACCCUCACAUUGUCAAGUUCUUUGAUUGGUUCGAGUCGAGAUACUACAUCGUGACGCAGCUUGCAACUGGCGGAGAGCUGUUCGACCGCAUCUGCGAAAAGGGCCGCUUCACCGAAAAGGACGCUUCGGCAACCAUAAGACAGGUCUUGGAAGCCGUCGACUACCUCCACCAGAACGACGUCGUCCAUCGCGAUCUCAAGCCCGAGAACCUCCUAUACCUCACCAAGGCCGACGACUCGACUCUGGUCCUCGCCGACUUUGGCAUUGCCAAACAUCUCGACAGCCCCGACGGCGUGCUCAAGACCAUGGCCGGCUCCUUCGGCUAUGCAGCACCAGAAGUCAUGCUCAAGAAGGGACAUAGCAAGCCUGUCGACAUGUGGUCCUUGGGAGUCAUUACCUAUACUCUUCUCUGCGGUUACUCGCCAUUCCGCAGCGAGAACCUGACUGACUUGAUCGAGGAGACCAAGCACGGAAGAGUUGUCUUCCAUGAACGCUACUGGAAGGACGUCAGCAAGGAGGCUAAGGACUUCAUCAUGACUCUGCUGGUGCCCAAGCCCGAGAACAGAGCCACGAGUGCAGUACGUCUGGAAGGACCUAAUGCAUGGAUCGCCGGCAAGGGCGCAACCGACCACAACUUGCUGCCCGAGAUCAAGGCAUACAUGGCCAAGGCCCGCCUGAAGCGCGGCAUCGAAUUGGUCAAGCUCGCCAACCGUAUCGAAGCACUCAAGAUGCAAGAAGACGAAGAGGAGGAGGUCCCACAGUCCGGAGACGUGCCCGCCGGCGCAAAGCAGGCGGCAGGUGAGGUAUUGGCACAUCAGGACCAGAAGCCCCUGGAAGCCGGACUCAAAGUACCGGAAGACAAGGGAGUGACACACAAGCGCAGUCUGAGCAAGCUCGCCAAGGGAGCCAUCUUCCGCGAAGUCGUCCUGGCCAAGGUGCGUGAGAUGAAGGCCGACGAGGAGGCACAAAAGAUUACGUCGACCGGAAGUUUCGACAAGGGGAAGGAGAGCAGG